GUUCUGGUGAUUGCCCCUCCCGCAUGUAGGCUGUUUCGGCUGCUACGUACGCCUCCCCCCGAUUUUCUAUUUCUCUUAUCUACGAGCAAGCAACCAAGAUGGAUAUUAUAAACCAGUUAGUUGCCCAAGGACAGUUCCGAGUGCUGAAAGUACCACUGGGCUUCAUCAAAGUCCUGGAGUGGGUGUUUGCCAUAUUUGCGUUCUCCACCUGUGGGAGCUACUCCGGCUACUUUCGCAUGAGUGUGGAGUGCAAAAACAGAUCGGACAGCAACCUGAAAAUAGACGUGGACUUCGAAUACCCCUUCAGGCUCCACCAGGUCUACUUUGACGCCCCAACAUGCAAGGAGGGGCGGUCUGAGCGCUUCUUCCUCGUGGGCGACUACUCUUCCUCGGCUGAGUUCUUCGUCACCAUUUCUGUGUUUGCCUUCCUGUACUCCAUGGCGGCUCUCAGUGUCUAUAUCUUCGCCUUCGAGAAGUACCGUGAGAACAAUAAGGGGCCACUGAUCGACUUUGGUGUGACAUGUGUGUUCACCUUCAUGUGGCUGGUGAGCUCAGCGGCAUGGGCGAAGGGACUGUCUGAUGUGAAGACGGCCACGGACCCAGAGAAGGUGCUGGAUCUCAUCCCGGCCUGUGAACAGGAGGGCAAUCGUUGCCGCGAGGUUCACGACCCCGUCAUGUCUGGCCUCAACACCUCUGUGGUCUUUGGCUUCCUGAAUCUGAUCUUGUGGGCAGGCAACCUUUGGUUUGUGUUUAAGGAGACUGGCAUCGUGGCCCCCUUCAUGCGCCACCCGGCUGCCCCAGAGAAGCAGCCGGCCCCUGACUCCUAUGGGCAGCAGGGCUACGGACAGCAGGACCCCUACUCUGCCUCCCAGGGGGGCUACCAGCCAGACUACAGUCAGCAGGGCUACAAUCAGGGAGGAGACUACGGGCAAGGCGGCUACAACCAGCAGGGGGCGCCCACCUCUUUCUCCAACCAGAUGUGAGAAAGGCGGAGAGGAAGAGGCGGACAGAGGCUGGAGGGUGAACGUGUGAUGGUAGGAAUGUGAUACCUGAGUCCUGCUCAUGCAGCCACACUCUUCCCUGUCUGUUUGCGCGUAUGCCAGUGGGUGAAAAGAUUGCAGGGAGGGUGGGAAGGACAGUGUGGGCAAUACUUGCAGAAAGAUUCAGGGCACGGGUGAUAAGCAGGGGAAAAUCUAUGUGCUGUUAAUUAUUGUGAUGUAAAAAAUAAAAUACAAAAGUUAGUUAUGAUCACACGGAGAAACACCCAAAUCUGUUUAAAAAAAAAAAGAAAAAGAAAAAAAAAGAAAAAAAAAGAUAUAUAAAUUAUUGCUAUAUACAUUUUGAAUUGAUGAUGUUGGCAAUAGUAAUGCUAAACCUGAGAGAAUGUAUUUGUCUGUGCUGUACAAAUAUCAAUGUGAACAAAUAUACAAAUAUUUCCUAAUGAUAUGAAUGGGAUUAUUCCACUGUAGUCUAAAUCAUGUUUAGAACCCAAUGGAAAUGAUUCCUUGAGAAUUUUUACCUAUAGUGGUUUGGUAUGAGUUGCAUAGAUAUUCACUAAAGAUGUAUAAAAUUUUAUGCGAUGA